AUGUUGUCAGCUUCUAGAACAGUAGUCAACAGUGCACGUACAGCACGUUCCAUCCGUGGAUUGGCUACCGCUGGGCUCACUAGGGAUUCCCAAGUCCACCAAAACAAUUUGGAGGACCAUUCCUUCAUCAAUUAUAAGAAGAAUGUUGAAAACGUUAAGAUCGUUAGAGACAGAUUGAACAGACCAUUGACUUACGCAGAGAAGAUUUUGUACGGUCACUUGGACGAUCCUCAUGGUCAAGAAAUUGAAAGAGGUGUUUCUUACUUGAAAUUGAGACCUGAUCGUGUUGCAUGUCAAGAUGCAACUGCUCAAAUGGCUAUUUUGCAAUUCAUGUCCGCUGGUAUGCCACAAGUCGCUACUCCGUCAACUGUCCACUGUGAUCACUUGAUUCAAGCACAAGUUGGUGGUGCCAAGGAUUUGGCCAGAGCAAUUGACUUGAACAAGGAGGUUUAUGAUUUCUUGUCAUCUGCUUGUGCUAAAUACAACUUAGGUUUCUGGAAACCAGGUUCAGGUAUUAUUCACCAGAUUGUUUUGGAGAAUUAUGCUUUCCCAGGUGCUUUGUUGAUUGGUACCGAUUCUCACACACCUAAUGCCGGUGGUUUAGGUCAAUUGGCUAUUGGUGUCGGUGGUGCUGAUGCUGUCGAUGUUAUGGCCAACUUGCCAUGGGAAUUGAAGGCGCCAAAGGUUCUUGGUGUUAAGUUAACCGGUAAAAUGUCCGGUUGGACAGCUCCAAAGGAUAUUAUCUUGAAGUUGGCUGGUAUUACUACUGUUAAGGGUGGUACUGGUUACAUCGUUGAAUACUUUGGUGAUGGUGUUGAUACAUUCUCUUGUACAGGUAUGGGUACCAUUUGUAAUAUGGGUGCCGAAAUCGGUGCUACCACUUCCGUGUUCCCAUUCAACCACUCUAUGGUUGACUAUUUGAAUGCUACUAAGAGAUCUCAAAUCGCUGAAUUCGCUGAAUUGUACCAUGGCGAUUUCUUAUCUGCUGAUAAGGGUUGUGAAUAUGAUCAAGUUAUUGAGAUUGAUUUGAAUACCUUGGAGCCUCAUGUUAACGGUCCAUUCACACCAGAUUUAGCCACUCCAAUUUCUGAAAUGAAAGAAACCGCAAAGGCUAACGGAUGGCCUACUGACAUUAGAGUCAACUUGAUUGGUUCUUGUACCAACUCUUCAUAUGAAGAUUGUACCAGAGCUGCAUCUAUCAUUAAGGAUGCUGCCAAGCACGGCCUUAAGGCUAAGACCACCUUCACUGUCUCUCCAGGUUCAGAACAAGUUAGAGCCACCAUUGCCAGAGAUGGAAUUUUGAAGACUUUCCAAGAUUUCGGUGGUAUUGUCUUGGCUAAUGCAUGUGGUCCAUGUAUCGGUCAAUGGGACAGACGUGAUAUUAAGAAGGGUGAAAAGAACACAAUUGUUUCUUCAUUCAACAGAAAUUUCACUUCAAGAAAUGACGGUAACCCUGCAACUCAUGCUUUCGUUGCUUCUCCUGAUAUCGUUACUGCUUACGCUCUUUCUGGUGACUUAGGAUUUAACCCUAUCACUGAUACUUUGAAGGGAGCCGAUGGUAAGGAAUUCAAGUUGAGCCCACCACAAGGAGUUGGUUUACCACCAGAUGGAUACGACCCAGGUCAAAACACUUACCAAGCACCACCAAAGGUCAGAUCAGAAGUUGAGGUUAAGAUCUCUCCAACUUCUGACAGAUUGCAGAAGUUGACUCCAUUUAAGCCAUGGAACGGUAAGGAUGCUAAGAACUUACCAAUCUUAAUCAAAGCUUUAGGUAAGACUACAACCGAUCAUAUUUCAAUGGCCGGUCCAUGGUUGAAGUACCGUGGUCAUUUGGAGAACAUUUCUAACAACUAUAUGAUUGGUGCUAUUAAUGCUGAAAAUAAGGAAGCUAACAACGUUAAGAAUCACUACACUGGUAAAUACGGUGGUGUUCCACAAGUCGCAGCUGAAUACAGAGAUUCCGGUCACCAAUGGGUUGUCAUUGGUGAUGAGAACUUUGGUGAAGGUUCUUCAAGAGAACACGCUGCCUUGGAACCAAGAUUCUUGGGUGGUUUCGCUAUCAUUGUGAAAUCUUUCGCUCGUAUUCACGAGACCAACUUGAAGAAACAAGGUUUAUUGCCAUUAACUUUCAAGAACCCUGCUGACUACAACAAGAUUAACCCAGAUGAUGAAGUUGAUUUAAUUGGCUUGACUACCCUUGCUCCAGGUAAACCAGUUAUAUUGAGACUUCAUCCAAAGAAUGGUGAACCUUGGGACUGUGAGUUACAACACACUUACAACAAAGAACAAAUUGAGUGGUUCAAAUACGGUUCCGCUUUGAACAAGAUGGCCGCUGCUCACAAGCAUAGCUAA